UGCGCCUCAACUCCUCGCUCUCGGCACCUCACCACCAGAAUCCGAACAACAGCCAAGCCUCACUACGCUCCGACCAGCACGUUCAGUGUCUUGCCGGUGCGCUUGCGCGCGGUGUUAAGCUAGAUAUCAGCUCCGGCAGAUAGCUCCGGACAGAAGCCGGCACUCGGUGACCGCGGAGAUGAUGAUGAUGAGCGGUCGCGCGGGUGGCGGGGGCGGCGCCCCUGGGCGGUACCCGUUCACGGCAUCGCAGUGGCAGGAGCUGGAGCACCAGGCGCUCAUCUACAAGUGCCUGGCGUUCGGCAAGCCCAUCCCCUCCUACCUCAUGCCGCCGCUCCGCCGCAUCCUCGACUCUGCCAUCUCCACCUCCCCCUCCCUCGCCUUCCCGCCCCAACCAUCGCUGGGGUGGGGCUGCUUCGGGAUGGGGUUCAGCAGGAAGGCGGACGAGGACCCGGAGCCCGGGAGGUGCCGGCGAACGGACGGCAAGAAGUGGCGUUGCUCCAAGGAGGCCUACCCGGACUCCAAGUACUGUGAGAAGCACAUGCAUCGCGGCAAGAACCGUUCAAGAAAGCCUGUGGAAAUGUCCUUGGCCACGCCGGCGCCGACCUCUUCCAACGUUGCAUCAGCCACGAGCGCCACAACCGCCACCUCCUCCCCGGCGCCCUCCUACCACCGCCCGGCGGCCGCCGCGCACGACGCGGCGCCGUACCACGCGUUGUACGGCGGCAGCCCCUACGCAGCCUCCGCCGGGCCGGCUGCAUCUUACCACGCGCAGGUGAGCCCGUUCCAUCUCCACCUGGACACCACUCACCCACACCCGCCCGCGUCAUACUACGUGGAACAAAGGGACUAUGCCUAUUGGCACACAGCUAAGGAGGUCGGCGAGCACGCCUUCCUCUCCGAGGGCACAAAUGAGAGGGACCGUCACGCCGCGGGACAGUGGCAGUUCAAGCCGCUCGGCAUGGAGCCGAAGCAGGGCGCCACGUCGCUGUUCCCGGGUGGCGGGUACGGGAAUGGCUCGGCGUCGGCGUACUCCGUUGAUCUGACAAAGGAAGAGGACAACGAGGAAGAAAGGCGGCGUCAGCAGCAGCAGCACUGCUUCGUGCUGGGCGCCGACCUGAGGCUGGAGAGGCCGUCUGGCCACGACGCCGAGGCCGCGGCGCAGAAGCCGCUGCGGCCCUUCUUCGACGAGUGGCCGCACGAGAAAAACAACAAAGGCCCGUGGAUGGGGCUCGACGGCGAGACGCAGCUGUCCAUGUCCAUCCCUAUGGCCACGAACGACCUCCCCAUCUCCUCCCGCUACCGUAAUGCUGAGUGAGCCCGAUUCUCCGAGCUUUGUGUUGCCUGAUUGCUACGGGACAAGGCCACAUCGACUUGGAACACAAUGACUGGUUCUUUCCUGGCGUGCUGCUCCUGAGCUCUACCGUCUUGCUCCAGAGGUGCAUAGUUUGAGGAUCUUGAAAGACCGAAAACCUUCUAAGAAUGAUCAUUUCCGUUUCUCCUUUUUCUGUCCUCUCUUCUGUAAUGUUGCUUUGAGUCUCACAUUUUCCCUGCAAUUGCCUCUCCCGGUCGAGCUGUGCUGAGGUUAGCAGAGAUGAGGCUUUCUAAUUUCUUAA